AUGCCGUCUACAAAAAAGCGAUGGUCGUAUCUCGUUGGAAACCUAUUCAACUUUCGCAGGCUACAGGUAGUGAUCAAGGCGAACGAAGUUACAGUGCGUCACUUCCUGUUCCCAGGUGACCGUGCGCUUAAUACUGCCACCGAGACCUAUAAGCAACUGAGCAUCGAUUGUUUUUCCAAUGCUUGCGAUAACCUUGGGCGUACAAUCAGUACCAAGAAAACUGACGUUCUACACCAGCCUGCUGCGAAGAAGACGCGUGUGGUAUACCAACCAGCACUGUCAAAGAGGAAAUUCCCAAGAUUGUUUGACAGGUUAACGUACGUAUUCAGCACACUUUCCAGAUCUGCCAAAAUGGACGACGAGGUCAAUUCACGCAUUGCCAAGGCCAGUUCAGUUUUCGGACGACUUGGUGAUAGGGUUUGGGGAAAGAGAAGCAGCUGCCUUGGAAAAACUCAAGGAUUACAAGCCUGCGGUGCUGUCUUCAGUACUAUAUUUCCUGUGAAACAUGGUCAAUAUACGAGCGCCACAUCCAAGAGAUUAACCAAUUUUACCAAAACUGCCUUAGAAAUCAGUUGA